AAAGACCCCAAUAGUCUGCAUAAUAUAUUUUGUUAACGAUAUAUAUUUUUAUAUUAUUACUGAAAUAACUGUUUAUAAUUUAUUUAAUCCAGAUUAUUUAUAAAUAUCAAUAAUCAGUUUAACAACAAAGUGAGAUAUAUAUGUUAACUUACAAAUAUAUAAAAAAAUAAUUGAAAAAAAAAAAUAUAUAUAUACAUCCAUUGGUUGCUGAUUUGGACGCAUUUGUGAAAAUUGCUAAUAUGGCAGAAAAUUGUCAACUCUGAUAUUAUAUUGUUUAAGUUUAUGUCAUUUAUUAUUUAUCAUAAUUAUUAACAGUAUUAUAAUUGUUAAGUGGUGAAUUAAAAUGUAUAAAGAAUAACAAAUAAUUGUAUGAUUGUGUACAGGGACUUAAGUGGUGAUUAUUUUGUUGCGCGGUGAACAGUACCCGCGUAAAAUUUAUUCUUGUGUCGACACGUUUAUUCCUUUUGCUAUUAUUAUAUAUACAUACACACAUAUAUAUAUACAAUACAUAUACAAUAAAUAUAUACAUCGUUAAAUCAACAUACAGAAACUUUACAGUGAUUAUAUAUAUAUAUUUUUUUUAAUUAAAACAAUUAGUCUAUGGGUCUAGUUAUAAUGAGUAUGGUUAAAUUUUCGACACUAUAGAUUGAUAACUGGAACUUAAUUAAUAGGUAAUUUUAAGUGGAGAUAACAGGCUAUGGCCAACCUGAACUUUGAGCAGCCACCACGAAGUAUAGCAACAGCGAGCCUUUCGUCACGUGGGGCUGGUGGUGGGGGCUUGAGCUCUUCCACCCUCGUGGGUCAUGUCACACCUACCUCGGGCAUGUUCUCAGGUUCGUCGGCGAGUACCUCAAGCACGGCGAACUCAGCGAUCGUCGGAGCCAGCAUUUAUCCUGGUGCCUCGGGCGCAGCCUCCCAAUCUGUUGGACACCAGCCUCAGCAGCAACAGCUCUCGCCGAUGGGUACCAGGGGACUCUUCGGACAGAGAGCGUUUACGGAUAGACGUAACAUGCCAACUCUUGGAAACUCUAAUCCAAUGGGUAGUAUGGGAAGUUUUGGAAUACCUCAGAGUCGGAGUUACGGAUCUCAAGGUGCGAUCAACAAUUUUCAUUCUGUAUUUGGGAGCGGCGGAGGUGGAGACACCAGCACUCCUCCACUGUUAGACCUCUCGGAGUUUCCCUCCCUGACGAAUCGAGGCCAGGGUGAUUCGAUGCCCCAACCUAGCCCAAUGCCGGGCAAACAAGCUUAUGAUCCUUAUCUCGUUGCAGUUGGUAUGGUAAAACAACCAACGUCCGAAGCAAGUGAGUUCACGAUGAGCUCGGAAGAUUUUCCUGCGUUACCUGGUACACAAAGCAGGGAAGGUCCAUCACCUGGCGGCAGCGUGACGGGGGAUAAAAGCCUGUCUGUUGGUCUAGGUCCUGAAAUUGGUCAGGACGUAUUACAAAAUAAUAGAGCACCUGGUUCCGAAAAGUCACAAGCGUCCAAAAGAGGCAUCCAAACCUCACCUGAUGGAAAAGUAACGAAUAUACCAGCAAGUAUGGUGAAAGACCAAUUCGGUAUGGUAGGAUUGUUAACGUUUAUUAGAGCAGCAGAAACGGAUCCUAAUUUGGUAUCACUGGCACUCGGACAAGACUUAACAGCAUUAGGAUUAAAUCUAAAUUCUCCUGAAAACCUUUACCAAAAUUUUGGUGGACCCUGGGCGGACACGCCUUGUCGACCGCAGGAUAUUGACUUUCACGUGCCGCCCGAGUAUCUUAUUAACGCAGCUAUAAGAGAGAAGUUGGCACCUGUAAAACUCAACCGGUACAAGGAUGAUCUCUUAUUUUAUAUGUUUUAUACAAAUGUUGGUGAUGUAUUACAAUUAGCAGCGGCAGCUGAAUUGUAUAGCAGAGAAUGGCGAUAUCAUAUGGAGGAGAAGGUUUGGAUUACGCAAGCACCGGGUCUUGGAGUGGUUGAAAAAACCUCGACGUAUGAACGUGGUACUUAUUAUUAUUUUGACGCGCAAAACUGGAGAAAAGUAGCCAAGGAAUUCCAUCUUGAUUAUACGAAGCUGGAAAGUAGACCUCAUCUUCCUACGACCUUUCAUCAAACCCAGCCUUGACUGCAGAUUUCUCUGUGGAUACUUGAGCUGAAUAUGAGCUGGGCGAAUCCAGCAAUUGUAUAAAUGAACAAAUUUAAUAAUCUUUAAUAAAAACAUUAAAUUCGAAGAGUAAUAAAUGAAAAUUUCUUGCACGCCAGCUUUUAUAUA